AAAGAAAGUCUUUGUUCAAAUAAAAGCAAAUAGUAGAAGAGGAUGAGCCUGCCAGGGUGCACUCCUGCAGAACGAUGGCAAAUAAAUUAAAAUCAAAACCAAAGAAAAACUCGAAUUCUUUCAGCUUCAAUCUUCUUUUCAGGCUUUUUUGUGGGUGGUUUGGUUUGGAGAAAUGAUGAGUGAGAGUCCUAAGGCCAUUAAUGUCUUUUCAACCCCAACAUCAUCAUCUCGUUUGUCACCUUUGGCUCGUCCCUUCACUGUCAACAACCCUUUCAAUCGCCAUGAAUCUUUUGACCCUUUACUUGACUCUUCUUCUUCUCCUUGCAAUCAUGAUCAACCCUUUCCCUGUUUGAGUUUGGGUAAUCAAGGUCAUCGUGGCUGCUAUGCCUAUCACUCUGAUGCUACUUCUAUUACUGCUUUCCCUUGUGUUGAUGGCCCUGACUUUGAAUUCGACUCUCGUUUUGCAUACUACCAGUUAGAGGAACCUCCACUUCACACCCAUUUCACUUUGUCUACUCAUCAAUCUUCUCAAACCAAUUUCAUUCCUAGUUCCUCAAGCUUUGGUAAUGUGGGCAACAAGGGUGGGCUACAAGGAACUGCUGUACAUCAACAAGGGACUGAAAUUCUUCGCUGCAACCGUCAGGUUGCAAGUGCUGGUUCACUGUCUUCCAAUAACCCGCUUGAACAAGGUACUACUCUUGAAGGAUCAAAACUUGUUAGUGAAACAUCUUUUGUUUUGCGUGGAAAAGGCAGUGUGGUCAUAGGAAAAGAUAAUCAAAUUAGACCAGAAGACAAGGAGAAAAUACAUACUGAAAGCAGUAUUUUUCCACUGGCUAAUUCUGAGGUAAACUUGUUGAUGAAAUGUGUGACAAAACCAUUUUCAAUAUCAUCGGAUUUGCCCUUUCCUCCUAGACCUCAAGAUACUCAAAGUCAACUUUUAUACUCAGCGGAAUCAAUUGCUUGUAGUCUUUUUGGUUCAACUAUUUUUCCCUAUGAGAGUUGCUUUCCACAUCUUGGCUCUUGUCAUGCUGAAACUCUGGUUUCACAUGCACCAGAAUGUUUUUCUUAUUCAGCUCAAAUUUGCAAACCAUCAAGUGCUGGUUCCAAUCCUCCAAUUGUUAAUCCUGUUCCAUUAGUGAAUGUGGCAUCUGGUGGCAGUGAUGCUGUCAGCAGCAGGGAUUCUUAUUUUGACUAUGUUCUGCCUGGCAUGAUGGAUACUUCUACAGUGCAUAAUCCUGUGGACAAGGUGGCUUGCCAUGACCAAGUCAUAAUUGAAAAAGGUGAAAAAGGAAAGAUUGUUGAACCCUUCCACGAUGAGACUAAUAAUCCCUCUAUAAGAGCAAAAUCCAAGCUUCGAAUUGCUUGUCCUAAUGUUCCUCAAGACUUAACUCUGGAACAACAUGGUGCUAAACCAGGUAUACCUGAUGAUAAAUCUUCCACCAGCCAUGGUGAUUCUGAUGUGGAUUCACCUUGCUGGAAAGGAACCCAGGCUAAUAAAUCUCCACUCAGUGAUUCAGUGCCUGUGAAUUCAGAAGAUAGUAAGGGUCAAUCUCCAUUUAGAGUUUCAAUGCCUCUGAAGUCAGAACAUUCUAAGAAUGAAAAAGUGGCACGUAGCAGUUUAAAUCCUCAGGCACCUGUGUUUAUUCCUGGAAAUUCUAAACCAAAAGUGGAUCACCAUCAGAAGGAAGGCCAUGGAGAUAGUUCCUUGUCUUCUCAGAAGAGUGCAGCUUUAGAUGUUACUUCUUCAUCAAGUGAACACAGAUCAACAGAUUCUGUUAAUGCAGUUAAAUGCCCUUCAGAAAGGAUCGAUGAUAUAGGAAUCCAGAGUUCUAGUGAUGUCCAUGACUCAAAAAAGGAGUGUGGCAUUCCCUACAAGUCAUUUAGAAGUUCAGCAGUCAAUUCUUCUUGCAGUUUUCAGCCAUAUCUCAGAGAAGAGUAUGUUACAUCUGCAAGUCAGCUUGUGAGAGGCACAAAUGUUGCUGGCUCCAUGGAGGGUAUUGCGGAUGCAGCGCAUAAUGGGUUGGAUAGUGUUGAGGACAUUGCACAUCAUGGGCCAAGCACAAGCUUCUCUUUCCUUGAAACAGAAACUGCCUUGAAUUCACAUUCCACUGGAGUUGGUGUUUUUUCUGAUUUUACUGAGAGGCCUCAGGAGCCAUCAAAGUCUACACCUCCCAAAAUUGAUGUUAAAUUAAUGAUUAAUACAAUGCAAUAUUUGUCAGAGUUGCUACAGAAUUCUUCAUUUGAUUUAGGUUCACUGAGUGAGCAUGAGUAUGAUAAACUCCUGACUAUAAUGAAUAACCUUUAUGUUCUUAUCAGAAAUAAGGCUGGUCUAAUGGCUGUAAGGCUUGAAUCAAGUCAUCCGUGCACUUUAUAUUGUCGUAGACAACCAGCUGAUCACCAUGAGGUAAAAAAGGUGAAGGAUAAAGCUGUUUUACAUGAUCAGGAAAUGUACAAGACGUCAGCUCCUAUGUUAAGUGGUAGAAUGCUGUAUUCUUUUUAUCAAAGCAAUGAUGAAGGCUUCAAGAAGGGCGGUGACAUCAGUCAGGUUAUUGAGAAGGAUCCAAAAGUAAUUCCUUCAAUAGAGAAAGAAAUGCCAUCAGAAGCCUUAUUUUAUAGGGAUUUGUGGCUUGAGGCUAAAGCAGCUUUGAAUUUAAAGAAGUAUCAAGCGCAUGCCUUGCAAAUGCAAUCAGAGCCAGAUAGAUACAGAUCAAAAUAAAAGUUGUCAGGGUUCACUUUAGGGAUUGAGCUCAUAAUAUUACGUGUAGGUUUGAUGAGUCGAAGUGUGGGUGGAAGGUGCAUAGGUGAUAAAUAUAAUAGAGAAAAUGUGAUACAUUUCAGAAUGUGGUGAAGCCUUGGAUGGAAGCUCCUGUCCUAGACAAGAUUCAAGACCUGCAAGCUACCAGACUUUGCGUUUAAUGGUAGCUUUAAAGUCAUUAUCUUAACACGCAAGGACAAAGCCUCAGCCUAAAAGUUCAAUCAUGGAAGCCACAAGAUUGAGUUUCUUUCUAGUGACAAACGUGCGGCAGAAAAAUGUCAGAAAACAAAGCAUCGGGGAAAGCACCCCAAGGUUAGCCAUUCCUUUGGAUAUAAUCUUUCAGCUUGUGGCUAAAUCCUAGAAGGUUUGUGAUACUUUUAAAUGUCAAGUAUUCGAGCUAAUAGCCUAAUACUAAACUGCGUGGUAUAAAGCAAAACAUAAUUACUAUACUGGCUGCGGUACCGCCAUUAGGCCCAUUGCAUACAUGAAAACGUUUUGGGCCGCUUACGUGGUGGGUUAUUUACUGUCUGAUUAAUAAUGAACACCGCUACGGGACUGCCUAAGACUUGGUUCUGUUCU